AAUGUUCAUGAUCUUGUAGAACCACAAAUAUAAUUAUUUGGUAUGAGGCAGUCUCAUUUUUUAUCCUUUUGCCCUAAAACCCUUCCUUGUUCCUUCCUUAAUAUAUGCUAGAACCCAAACACAAAAUCAGGCAGCUGCAAAACCCUAGUGCCUCAUCCUCAGCAGCAGCUCAGUUGCUAACCUUUAAGCCUAGGCAAGUAGUUCUAGCAGAGUCAUCAAAAUCCAAUCUUCUUGUUGCUAUGGCUAAGAAGAAGGAGCAGCAGAAUGUAGAAAAUAACAACAAGAACAAGUGUGUUUUACAAGAAUGUAUACUUCAUUAUCUUCACCUUAAUGGUUUCUCCAAAACCCUCAAAUACUUCCUCAAAGAAUCUCAGAUUGAGGGGAACAAUUGGAAGUCUUGCUCUCUUAGUUUGGAGGAUUUAUACAACAAGUAUCUAAACAGCGGUGCUGAUAAUGAUACAAUAUCUAAGGGCGACAAAGAGCCAGCACAAUGUGAAAAUGGUACAAAGGGACACAACAUAAAUAGCAAUGAUGUUGACUCUCAGGAAAGAGUUAGCAAGAAAAAGAAGAAAAAGAGAAUUGAAGACAAUAAUAUCGAUGUUCCAGAUGCUUCUCAUCCUGAAAAUGUUGAUAAAUCCAUGAAAAAUGGUACUACUGCUCAAGAGGAUUUAGCAGAUGAUAAGGAAGACGUACCCUUGAAGAAGCAGAAGGAGAAGAAGAAGAAAACUGAGGAGAAAUCAGAAAGUGUAGACCCUAUAGACACUGAUAAUAAUGAUCUUGCUGCAGAAACAACUAAAAAGGAUAAAAAGAAGAAGUCCAAGGAAGAGAGUGGAGCUACUGAUUCUAAGGAUUCCAAGAAGAGGAAAAGGUUAGCUUCGGAUGAAAAUGCAAAUCAGGGAGUUGAUGGAGUUGGAACUGCAGAAUCUAAGCGCAAAAAGACUAAAGGCUUGGAAGAAUCAAAGGCUGUAGCGGAACAAGGGAAAUCAAAUGCUCUGUGCACAGACAACGGACAUGCCACAAGUGACAGUCAAGAGCAAAAUGGUGAAGUUAUUGAUGAGUUCAACAAUUCUGCUAAGCAGAAAUCCUCAAGUAAAGUACUUAAUGGAUCAGCAGAGCCAAAAACUGUAAAUGCCUUUCAAAGAGUGAAAAUUGAUCAGGUGGAGUUUAAAGAUGAUAGACUGAAAGAUAAUUCUUACUGGGCAAAGGAUGGUGCAGAUAUUGGCUAUGGUGCGAAGGCACAGGAAGUUUUGGGCCAGGUUAAAGGAAGGGAUUUCCGACAUGAGAAGACCAAGAAGAAGCGAGGCAGUUAUAGAGGAGGGGUAAUUGACUUGCAAUCGCACUCUGUCAAGUUCAACUACUCAGAUGAAGAGUAGCUAGCCUGUUUCAGCCUAUAUUCAGGGAUAACUGCUUUCAUCCUUUUACAAAGAAAAUAUAAUUAUUUUUUGCUGUUAGUGGGGUUUUUGAUUAAGAUUUUAUUAAAACUUUAAGUGGAUCGUAUCAAAGAUAAUCCCACCAUUGAAACGCUGUCAAAAGGUCCUCUGCACUAUCGUUUUGUUUGUUAUUUUCUUCAAGUUGUUUUGAGCUCUCAGAAACUGUAUCAAUUCAUGAAUUUGUAUUUAUAUUAAUCAGCCUAGUGCCUUGUUUCCUA